GGGGCCCUGGCGUCGCGAGAUCAGGCGUUCUCCGCGGCCAGCCCGCGGCGGGGCCUUGCCUGCUAGCGCGGGGUCCUCGGCGGCCUGGGUGGUUCGUUCCUCAGCUGCUGUCGUAGGCGCGGACCGCUGCCAGUGCGGCUGCAGUUGGCUCGCGGCGGCGGCGGCGGCGGCCGAGGCGGGGGUUGAGGCGACAGGCGAAGAGGGCGGCGGGCGCGGCGGCGGCGGAGCCCGGGGCGGGCGGCAGCGAGGGGGGCGAAGAUGGCGGACGUGCUCAGCGUCCUGCGACAGUACAACAUUCAGAAGAAGGAGAUUGUGGUGAAAGGGGACGAAGUGAUCUUCGGCGAGUUCUCCUGGCCCAAGAAUGUGAAGACCAACUACGUGGUUUGGGGGACUGGGAAGGAAGGCCAACCCAGAGAAUACUACACAUUGGAUUCUAUCUUAUUUCUACUUAAUAAUGUGCACCUAUCUCAUCCUGUUUAUGUCCGACGUGCAGCUACUGAAAAUAUUCCGGUGGUUAGAAGACCUGACCGAAAAGAUCUGCUUGGAUAUCUCAAUGGUGAAGCAUCAACAUCGGCCAGUAUAGACAGAAGUGCCCCUCUAGAAAUAGGUCUGCAGAGAUCUACUCAAGUCAAACGAGCUGCAGAUGAAGUUUUGGCAGAAGCAAAAAAACCGCGAAUUGAGGAUGAAGAGUGUGUACGCCUUGAUAAAGAGAGAUUGGCUGCUCGUUUGGAGGGUCACAAAGAAGGGAUUGUACAGACUGAACAGAUCAGGUCUUUGUCCGAAGCUAUGUCAGUGGAAAAAAUUGCUGCAAUCAAAGCCAAAAUUAUGGCUAAGAAACGAUCUACCAUCAAGACUGACUUAGAUGAUGAUAUAACUGCCCUAAAACAGAGGAGUUUUGUGGAUGCUGAAGUAGACGUGACCCGAGAUAUUGUCAGCAGAGAAAGGGUGUGGAGGACACGAACAACUAUCUUACAGAGCACAGGAAAGAAUUUUUCCAAGAAUAUUUUUGCAAUUCUUCAAUCAGUAAAAGCCAGAGAAGAAGGGCGUGCACCUGAACAGCGACCGGCCCCAAAUGCGGCACCUGUGGAUCCCACACUGCGUACCAAGCAGCCUAUUCCAGCUGCCUACAACAGGUACGACCAGGAAAGAUUCAAAGGAAAAGAAGAAACGGAAGGCUUCAAAAUUGACACUAUGGGCACCUAUCAUGGUAUGACGCUGAAGUCUGUAACGGAGGGUGCCUCGGCCCGUAAGACGCAGACUCCUGCAGCACAGCCGGUACCAAGACCAGUUUCUCAAGCCAGACCUCCCCCAAAUCAGAAGAAAGGAUCUCGAACACCCAUUAUCAUAAUUCCUGCAGCUACCACCUCUUUAAUAACCAUGCUUAAUGCAAAGGACCUUCUACAGGACCUGAAGUUUGUCCCAUCAGAUGAAAAGAAGAAACAAGGCUGCCAACGAGAAAAUGAAACUCUAAUACAGAGAAGAAAAGACCAGAUGCAACCAGGGGGCACUGCAAUUAGUGUCACAGUUCCUUACAGAGUAGUAGACCAGCCCCUUAAACUAAUGCCUCAAGACUGGGACCGGGUUGUAGCAGUUUUUGUGCAAGGUCCUGCAUGGCAGUUCAAAGGUUGGCCGUGGCUUUUGCCUGAUGGAUCACCAGUCGACAUAUUUGCUAAAAUUAAAGCCUUCCAUCUCAAAUAUGAUGAAGUUCGUCUGGAUCCAAACGUUCAGAAAUGGGAUGUAACAGUAUUAGAACUCAGCUAUCACAAACGUCAUCUGGAUAGACCAGUUUUCUUACGAUUCUGGGAAACCCUGGAUAGGUACAUGGUAAAGCACAAAUCCCACUUGAGAUUCUGAAUUACUUGUUUUCCUGCUUUUCUGGAAAUCUGGAUUAAGAAGCAUGGAUACACCGUGAUCUAGAGACUGGGACUCAAGCUUUAUGAAUUUAUCAAUGAAGAAGGUCACAGAUCGAUCUUUUAUAAAACCUUAUUUGAUGAUUUAUGCUUCAAAGGGAUGAUGCCUGUCAUAUAAGCAAACUUUUUGGCUUACAACUAUUUUUUUAAUAUUAGCCUUCUAGUCUGUAAUGGAAAUUGUAUAUUUUGAUAGAAUUUUUUUCUCCAUUGGUUAAAGUAGCAUUACUUAAAAUUUGUUUCUUUAGAAAAUAAAUACAGGUUACAAAAGUGUGUAUAUGUAGAGGUUAUAAGGCUCUCUAAGCCAUCUUCUGAUUUUUCAUUGCUCUAUAAUUCCUUUUAUUGAGGAUACUGUGUUAUGAAUGGUAUUAAUUUUAGUCUCUGGAACUUCCAAAACCAAGCAAAGGGAUGUGACUAUUUUGAAUGAAUCAAAAUGUCAGCCUGUAUGUGUACUAUAUCUGUACUUUCUCUAUUUAAAAAGGAAUAAUGAAAAAUCAAGAACAAUUCAUCACCUUUGGUUGAACUGUUCGGCUUUUCAAGACUUCUUUACUUAAAAUGAAUACAUUUAAUGAAUGUACAUUCUUCUCACUGACUUUGGUAAUUUUAAAACUUAGAAUGAUAUAUUUCUAUCUGUGAUAUCUUUCCACUUGAAAAAUCUCAAAACACAGAUUAAAA